AUGCCACGAGCAGCGUUUCCAUGUCUAAGUUUUAGUGGUGGGAAGCCGGCCGUGAAAGGUAUAGACUGCGAUGUGUGCUACAUGUGGGCGCGUAAGAAAUGCUCUGGCCUAAAACCAGAACUUUACGCAUUCCAUCGUCAAAGCACAGGGUUACAAUGGGUUUGUCCUCAUUGCUUUCGAGCAGCCGUAAAUGCGCUGGUUAUGGCACGAUCAGAGGUAGUCUCAGCACAGCGCACACCAGUAGCAGUGCAGGAUGAUGCACCUGUCACUCGAGACAAGGCGAGGACGUACGCCGAAGUUUCAGCCACGAAAGAAGUUGAAAUGAAUGUUGGUGAUCCAGCUUUGAUUAAGGCUGUUGGUCUGAAAACGCCGAACCCGGACCCUAAAGCCAAAACGAGUCAUCAGCUGAAGCACCGUGGCGUAGAGAAAAAGCCUCAGGUUGCUGAAUCAGGAAUACAUAGGAAGCGAGUACAGGACGACCGCGCAGGCACACUUUAA